CUUCAAUGCUGGAGUUAUUCCUCACAUGCUUAGUAUCGGCGUAUCAGAGCCAGUACACAUUAUUAAUGCAGCUCUAGGUUUUCCCACGCCUGUUGUCUCUGUGCGGUGUUUUUAAACGCAGUCGGUAUAAUUGCGGUAAUGGAGUGUCGUGUGUUGUCCAUUCAGAGUCAUGUUGUCAGGGGAUACGUCGGGAACAAGUCGGCAACGUUUCCGCUGCAGGUGCUGGGCUUUGAAGUGGACUCUAUCAACUCUGUGCAGUUCUCCAAUCACACAGGCUACGCCCACUGGAAAGGUCAAGUACUGACAGCCGAGGAGCUAAAUGUGCUUUAUGAGGGCAUCAAGCUCAAUAAGGUGAACCACUAUGACUACAUCCUCACAGGGUACAGCAGAGACUCGUCCUUCCUGGAGAUGGUGGUUGACAUUAUUCAAGAGCUGAAGAAAGCAAAUCCCAGCCUGGUAUAUGUUUGUGACCCUGUUAUGGGAGACCACGGUGCUAUGUACGUUCCAGAGUACCUGCUUCCCGUAUACAGGGACAAAGUAGUGCCUUUGGCCGACAUCCUCACCCCCAACCAGUUUGAAGCAGAGCUAUUAACAGGGAAGAAAAUCACCACAGAGGCAGAUGCUAUUGAGGUGAUGGACUUGCUUCAUAAAAUGGGUCCAGAGACCGUUGUCCUCACUAGCACGGACCUACCCUCAAAACAUGGCGACCAGUUCCUGGUGGCCCUUGGGAGCCAAAAAAUGGUGAAACCAGAUGGGACCAACACCAGUCAGAAAAUCUGCAUGGACAUCCCUAAAGUGGAUGCUGUGUUUGUGGGGACAGGAGACCUGUUUGCUGCCAUGUUGCUAGCCUGGACUCACCAUCACCCCAAAGACCUGAAGACUGCCUGUGAAAAGACUGUUUCAGUCAUGCACCAUGUCAUUAAGAGGACCAUUACUUAUGCCAAUGAAAUGGCUGGCCCUGGGAAAAGGCCCAGUCCUGCACAACUGGAGCUGAGGAUGGUUCAGAGCAAAGCCGACAUUGAGAAUCCUGCCACUGUAGUGGAAGCAAAGGUUUUAUAAAAGCCCUCACACUGAAGGCCGUAACAUUAUUGUGAACAUUCACACUGCGACGGUACAAAUCAGCUUGAAAUCUGGGCAGUCCGCCAGACACAUGUAGGAUCUUCACAUCAAAGACUUUCACGUGUCUCUGCCUUACAGAAUCUCUGAAGGAGUACAACAGUGUUUUCAUGAAAGGGUUCAGCAGGAUUUAUUGUAUGUAGAUUCUGCUGAGAAACACUGGAAUCACUGCCAUAUGCGUCUGUACUAUGGCCUGUGUAGACAUCAUCUGCCAUUCAAAAGAAAAAAGGACAUUACCCAACUAUGUUUAGGGUUAAAGAUAGUGUAAGUGUACUUGAAUCCUCCUUAACAUGGUGGAAAUUAUUUCUUGCUAGAAAACAAUUCAUCUUAAAUGAAGCUGAAUAGAUGCAUGCAUGACCAUGCCUCUACUUGUUUUGGCUAUGAUCCAAAGUAAGGACUAGUCACAUUUAAUUAAAGUGUGUUGCUCACAAGGCAUUAUAAGCACAUCAAUAUACAAUUUAUAAUGUAAUGAAAAUAUAAUGAUUUAGGAAGUAAUGCAAAAUGCAAAAGCAAAGGGGUUAAAGGUCCAGUGUGUAGGA